AUGUUUAAAAGGAUUCCUUUCUAUGUUAUUUUCCGACUGAACGAAAGAUGUCAGAGUACAAGGUUAAAAGAACUUCUCAACUGUUUUAAAACAAACACAUUUAUUAAUAAGAACGGGAAUUUUCAAGUAUGUUCGACAGAUGCAACAGUGCAACCACCUACAAACUUUAUUCAACAGCAGCCAAUUCUAUCUAAUCAAUACUUGAAAGACCCAUUAUUGCGGUCUUUCUUAAAACUAGAAGUCCCUUCUUCGAUUUUGUCUGAAUUUGAAGAAGAUCUUAUCAAGUUUGGAGAUAAAGUUGAGCAAGAAAUCUAUGCAAUACAUCUGCAAUGUGAUCGACAACAACCUACAUUAAUAUCUUAUGAUGCCUGGGGAAAACGUGUUGAUGUUAUUGAAACCUCGUCAGCCUGGAAAAAGAUGCAUGCCAUUUCGGCCACGGAAGGAUUCAUUUCAAUACCUUAUGAAAGAAAAUAUAAGGAAUACAGUCGCUUAUACCAAGUAGUUAAACUGAUCCUCUUCUCAUCAGCAAGUGGUUUAUACAGCUGUCCUUUAGCCAUGACAGAUGGAGCUGCUAAAAUUACUGAGGAACUCAAGUUGGAAGAAGAUUGGUUGAAGAAAGGAGUUUUUGGAAAGCUAACCAGUCGCAAUCCAUUGAAGUUCUGGACAUCUGGUCAAUGGAUGACUGAACGUAGAGGUGGUUCAGAUGUUGCUGCUUCUACUGAAACCAUUGCCAAGAAAGACAAAGAUGGUUUUUAUAGAUUAUAUGGCAAUAAAUGGUUUACUUCAGCCACUGAUGCCAACAUGGCAUUCACACUUGCCAGAGUUGUUCAAGAAAAUGGACAAACAAUUAGUGGUAAAAAUGGCCUGGCAAUGUUUUAUGUAGCAGUAAAAGAUGAAGAUGGACAAUUAAACAACAUUGAAAUAGUUAACUUGAAAAAUAAAUUGGGAACCAGACAAAUGCCAACUGCAGAAUUACAGUUAAAUGGGACAAAAGCAUUUAAGGUUUCUCCAACAGACAAAGGCAUCAGUUAUAUAGCCACCAUGUUAACUAUAACAAGGAUCCAUAAUGCAAUUUCAGCUGUCUCCUACAUGAGGAGAAUUGUCAACAUGGCUUGUCAGUUUGCAACAGAAAGACAGGCUUUCAAACAUCUUCUGAAAGACUUUCCUCUCCAUGUGAAAACAUUAGCCAAGCUUGAGAUGGAAACCAGAGGUGCUACAAUACUUGUACUUCAUCUUGGCCACUUACUUGGGCUCCAAGAGAACAAGAAAUCAUCUCCUCUACAAGAUAAUCUGUUACGUCUGCUGACACCCAUAACCAAGCUGUACACAGGCAAACAGGCUGUUGCAGUUGUUUCUGAAGGACUUGAAUGUUUUGGUGGUCAAGGUUAUAUAGAAGAUACCGGUAUUCCAACGAUGCUUAGAGACUCACAGGUGUUGCCAAUCUGGGAAGGUACAACAAACAUUCUAUCACUUGAUGUUCUUCGAGCUCUUCAUUCCUCUAAAGAGAUUCUGGAAUCAUUUGGCAAUAAUGUUCGAAUGCUUGUUUCUUCAGCUUCCCAGCAUGAACUUUUAAACACAGCCAGCUGCAAUGUGGUAAAAGCAAUGGAUGAAACUAUGCAGAUGAUGAUAAGUAACAAAGAUGUCCUUGCAUCAGCAGCACGUGAUCUGGCAUUCAGUUUUGCACGUAUUUAUAUAAGUGCUCUGUUACUAAGACAUGCUACUUCACCUGAGUCUACACCAUCAGAUGUCAAAACAGCUCUGUAUUGGUCAGAAAUGGAACUCACUCCAUUUUGCAAUGGAAUCAAGAAAGGGGCCUACCAUUCAGACAACCUGACAUCAGAAUUUGAUCUUGUUUUUGGAAAACACACAUGAAAAGAUAGCAUAAAACCCUGAAACCAGAAACCUGAUAAAAUACAAAUACAAGCAAUUACAUAAUACAGGAAUUUAGACACUUCUGGGUAGCUUAUGUAAUACAGAAAUAAAAUCCAGGCUCAACUGAAAAAACUGUGGAAUUGCUACAUCAUAGAUGACAAUGGUGAUGAUGAUGAUAACAUUGAUGGUGGUGGAGGUGGUGGUUUGGGAGAAGGAAGUAAAUGUCUACAAUGAGUCAUUUAUAAGAUUAAACGUUAAAUCUAUUAAAGUUUUCAUUAAAUAACACAUUUGAAAAACUGAAAAA